AUGUCCGAGGACGUGGGCAUCGAGAGGAACCACAGCUUCAGCCCCUUGAACAACCUGGACGAUCCGCUCUUCUAUGCCUGUUGGCGGCGACAGUCGUGUUCGGAGUGUUUGGCGGGGGAUGUGCCCUGCAGCUGGUGUGCGAUUUCCUCAACGUGUGUUCCAAAUCAAGCACGUCUCCCCAUCCUUGCCCCCCUCCAGUCCACCAAGAUCUGCCCGCUCGGCCCCAAAGAACGAUGGGAGCUGCGGGCCCUGCCUUUCGGGUGUCAUGCUAGUACCAUGACUGUUUUGGCGGUUGGCGUGGCUGUGUUGAGCACCCUGGCUCUGGGUGCGCUCGGGUUUGCGAUUGUGUGGUUUGUGCAGCGGGCGCGGCAGGAGAAGGAGACAGAGUCCGCGGAGGUCGAUAGCCAAGAGGAACAGCCAGUUUGCUGUGGGUUUCUCGAUUGUGGCAUCCUAAUGACUUUGUUCAGUCUUGUCAGUGGUCAAGGCCAGAAUCAAGAAGAGGACGAUGGAGCAGAGAGAAGUCCGUUGUUGGGGUAG